AUGGAUUUGUUUUUGUCGAAAAGCCGUUUGAAAAUGCCGUUUUCAUUUGAAUACUUGUACCACUAUGAGUCUAUGACUAAAACCGAUUGCAUCAAACGAAGGCAUUACAUUCCACUUAUGAUCAUAAACACUGAGUGGGGAGGAUUCUCUAAGGUUCUUCCGCAGACCAUUUUUGACCAAGAGAUGGAUGCGGAAAGCCCGAAUCGUGGUGAACAUUUAUAUGAGAAGAUGGUCUCAGGGAUGUACCUUGGUGAAAUUGUGAGGAGGGUUUUGCUCCAAAUGUGUGAAACUAGUGACUUGUUCGGUCAAUUCGUUCCUGGCGGCAAUCUCUCCAAACCCUUUGCACUCAAGACCGAGCAUCUAAACAAAAUGCAAGAGGACACUACAGAUGAUCUUCAGACUGUUGGAUUAGUCCUAUACAACAUUUUGGAGGUAGAGGCAAAUCUGCAGGAAAGGAGGAGAGUGGUGGAAGUGUGUGACACAGUAGUGAAACGCGGAGGGCGUCUAGCAGGAGCUGGUGUUAAUGCACGAAUUAAACAAGUACGAAAAUGGGAUCUCUAG